CUCAGGCUUUCACUCAUUCAUGUUCUGGUUAGGGCUAGGUCCUCCUGCUUUUGUUCUCUAAAUUGGUACUUCGUUUCCGGAUUUCACUGUAUUUUUGUACUUUUUGAGCCGAUUAAUCUGUCCAAUCUCAUCAUCACGGCACUGUUGUUACGGCACUGUGCAAAUAGUUGCCCACAUCAAUACCAGAAAUCCAGGUCCUUGAACGGCGCCGAAUAAAAUUUCCAUUCCCCUCUAUUUCUUUCACACAAUCACUAUCUUCCUCUUGCUUGCCACAUUUGCUUUCCUCAACGCACUACGCUAGCCAGACCUCAAGAUGCCAAUCCGAAGUUGGGCGGAUUUGUUCAGCUUUUCAAUCUGAAACCACUAUUGUAAUCAGUAUUUCAAGCUUCAAACCAAACGCAGGAUUUGUCAUGGCUUAAUUACUGUGUUGGUUAGGGCUACAACAAAGCAGCUUCGUGAUUCGGUGGUUUAAAUUUGCUAUGGCUAUGAGGAUUGAAGAUCAGUUGGCUUCUACUUGCCACAAUUUUGUGUAUAUUCUACGCGUUCGAGAUAAAUACUUUCUUAUCAAUGAAAGGAACAAAGGUACAAAAGUGGGACAAGCAAUGCGUGAGGAUCAUAGCAUACAGUAUUCCGCUGAUUGGACUUUCAUCAAGAGGUACUCAGGUGCUCGGAUUGGAGAGGUGAAGAGGGUUACAAAAGAGACCAAUGUGUCAAUGAGAAUAAACUUAGAUGGUUCGGGCAUAGCUGAUACAUUGGGAUCCUUUUUCUUGACCACAUGUCGUUGGACCAGGAUGCAUUCUUUAGGCAAUUUAAGUAAGUUGCAAACAUAAUUGUCAAAGGUGCGCCUAGGCACAAGGUGAGGCGACCUGAAAAAAGCAAGCGAAAAGUGACAAGGCGAGAAAAGCAAGCUUCUUUCAAAUAGAUCAAAAAAGCGCACUUUUUUCAAAAAAAAUGCAUGAAAAAUGAGGUUUUUUUUUCUUUCCAAAAAAGUGCACAUUACACAAUUAUUUUCAGAAAUAAUUUAUUUUUCCGCAUAGGUGCGCCUCUCUUCAAAUAGGCAUGCGCCUCACCUUGCUCCUCUUGCCCUAGGCCCAAUAAAACUUUGCUCCUGGUGCGCCUUUUGUCCUUGACAACUAUAGUUGCAGAUAUUAAUUUCCACAGGAUAAGUGAAGGAUAAUGCUAUAUUUGGUUGUUUAGAAAGUUUAGGAGGGAGCUAAGAGAAGAUACAUUUCCAUUCAAUGUAGCCUUAUUCAAAGAUUUGGUCUAAAAUGUCUCCGACCCAGUCAUGUCCUCGUUGCCAAGGAUUUAGAAUGUGAAAAUUUUAAAACUGCUGAGGAUUUACUUGGUGUAAUAGUUGUCUACUGUGAGUUUUAUGUGAUGAUUUCUGUGUUUUCUUUGGGUAUAUCAGCAACUUGCUUAGCAUGGGUUAUUUGACGUUCAUGUAAAGGCUACUGGUGACAUUCAUAUUGAUGACCAUCACACAAAUGAAGAUGUUGCCAUUGACAUUGGAACGGUAAUCUACUUCUGGGUUUCUGUUCAAUUGACUUCUCUAUUCUCCAUGAAAGUAACAAGAUGUAACAUAAAAGUUGUGGUGGGAAACAUUGCAGUUUCCAUUUCUACUGAAUUCCUUUCUAAUUGGUAGGUUGAAGACAAGUACUAGAAUUUCUGUUAAGAUAUUUUUGGGUGUAAUUUUGAGGAUUUCUUUGAGUUUCAGUUAUUGACUUUGUUUCUAUUUCACGUCAUUCAUUCCGGUGAUACCUCAUUUUUUAAGCGUUGAACUGUAUGUGCUU